AUGCCCGCCUCUAUGAAGCAUCCGCAGGUAGUGCAUGCUGAUACCACGCGAAUGGGCAAAUGGUCCGAUUUCAACGGCGUCGAGGCAGAUAAACUCGGCACAUGCUCUGUGACUGCAAUUGCCAACGAGGAAGGCUUUUUGCUCUCUAACACUUCCUCAGAUGGGUUUAGGGAGAUCCCUGCUGCAGAGAGUUUGUGUGCACUCUACAAUGGGAACAAAGCGCUCUUUGGCAACAAGCCCGUGAAUGUGUGGACCGUGUACGAGCAGGAAAACGCCGUUAAAGGACGGAGUAUUAGGAGCGUUAUGCAGAGAAUCCGGCCUGCUCGCAUCUUUGAGCAGGUGUAUAGCGGGGAGUCUUUCAUGAAUCGGCCUAGUGAAGAAGGUGCGAGGUUUUGUCUGAAGUUGGUGGGUGGUACUGUCAUGGCUACUAUGCGUCGGCAGGAUGGAGGUGGGUCUCCUAUUCCGCUUUCUGGGGAUGGAUCGACUGUGGUGUGUCGAUAA